CCCUCCUCAUCUGCUGGACCAUCUCUCGUCCUCUGAGGCUGGCUGCUCGACUUUCCAUCUCCUCCAGACCCCGUCUUCACUGCCCCAUCGUUUCCAACAGCCAUGAGCGACACCAAGGGUCCCUGGGUGUGCACCAAGGGCGUCUCGGUUCAUGACUUUUACAUCAGCCAACGCCGAACAACCACAAACUUUGCCUUCCUGCUGCUAAACGAGCUCUCCGAGAGCUCAUUCCAAGACCGGCCCGUCCACUCGUUCCUGCCCCACACUUGCAUGAAGUGGAAGGGCGUCGAUGUCAAUCUGCAGUACGUCGAGGGCAUCCGCCACUCGUCCGUUGUUGUGCUCCUCAUUGCUGAAGCCGACAUGAAACGCAUUCAGAUCAUGACCGAAGAAGAAAAGCUGUUCCUCGAUUGGGAGCACGCCGUCGACCUCAUGGACCAGUUCCAGGCCGUUGUCCAACCCGUCUUCGUCGGCACCGUUGCAGAGCGCAUGAGAAAAAAGAGCGACGUGCAGUCCUUCCCGAACACCCUCCACAACAGCGACCUGAGUCCGAGAAAAUACACCAUCCGCCAGAUUGUCCAGCGUAUUUUUUCACUGACACCCAUUUUUGUUGCUUCACAAAAGCUGGAGAUUGCUAAACGAAUCGUCCCAGGCCUCAUCGAGACCCUGGGAAGAGCCACACAGUCGAAUCUCCCUCGAAACGAGACCGCCAAGUCCAUCCUGAUCGUGCGGUCUGUUGUCGGCGAGGAGCGCGAGGAGUCUUCGGCCGUGGUUCGGUUCACCAACUCGACCGACGUGGCCAAGAUCAGUGUCGACGACAUGGAUGUGGACCGCCGAGUCAACGACGCCGGGUGCCUUGUCUUUGUGUUUUCUCUUUCGGAUUCCAAGUCGCUCUGGAAGCUCUUGAGUGUGGUGAUGAAGUACCGCAACAAGAUCGAGGCCGCAGAAAAAGCUGGUAGCAAGCCGGACAUUGCUCCGUUCUUGGUCGUCGGCACCGAUGCCACCGAUUCCCGCCGCUUCAUCUCGACCGAGCGUGCGCAUCAGUUCCUCCAAGGAUUGGGGCCUGAGAUUGUCACCUUCAUCGAAGUCGAUCAGGCGACUGGCAAGGGCAUGGACCUUGUAAGGCAGCUUUCGUGUCGCAUCGCAGCGGGCGAGCUGGCCACGAUCCGCAAGGAGAUUGAGAGCGGCAUCACUCUGCCUAUCUACGCCAUGAAGAACAUGCUGGCAGACACCACCGAGCGCCCAGCCCUCCCGAUGCCCGCUCGCACAGGUCCGCCGCCUGUUCCUCCCAAGCCUGCUUCCAUGUCGGGUCCGCGACCACCAGAUCCGGUUGAGUCCGAGCCUGCGGCGGAGUCGCCUUCGAUGGGUCGGUCAAGGUCACGCCCGGGCUCGGGUGCUCGCCCUCAGCUGGAGCCAGUCUCCAUGUCCCGCACCAAGUCGAAGCCAGUCCCAAUGUCGCGCACCAAGUCCCACAGCAAAUCCCAGAGUCCGUCGCCUUACUCGGACUCGAUCCCACCACCCGUCCCUCCCAAACCAACGACUUUCAUCACACCCACUGACAACGAGGCUGAAGCGCCCCUCCCGCCCCCGCCUGCGACUCUGUCUGCAGAAUCACGGACUUCCAACUUGAACAAGAUCGUGGAGCUUGCCGACAACAUUGAGGAGCCCACGAUCGAGGAACAAAAGAACGCUCUAGAAAACGCAGACCAGGAUAUCGAGGAUAUGGAAAACUCAGCGUCGACAAACGACGAAGACCAGGACGAGGAUCCCUUGGCUGCCAAGGACAUCAUCAGUGUUGCAGUUGUUGUGUCGCGCGACAACGUAGAGACCGCUCUUGGACUGACACAGCAGCUCCAGCAAGCCCAAGCGGCAGACCCAUUCGCCGAGUAUUCUUUCACCUUCCAUCCCAGCUGGAGUCUCGGAUCGAAGGAGCCGUCGUUCCUUGAUGUCGAGGCCAUCCACAAGGGAAUCGAAUUCGAUGCCUCGCUAAUCCGGGCAGCCGAUGCGGUCAUCCCUUUGGUUUCGGCUUCGUUCAUGGCGGACAGCGUGUGCACCAAGUGUCUGGUCUAUGCCAACCUUCAUCGAAAGAAGAUUGUUCCGUGUCUGCUGGAGUCAGACGACGGAAGCAUCGACCAAAUGAGCGGCGCCACGGACUUUAUUCUCAGCGGAUCGCUCUACUAUCGCAUCAAAAGCCCUGCCAGCCCCACUGUCAUCAAGAGUAUUCAAGAUGCCAUCGCCGUCAAGGAGAGCUGGAAAGCAGUGGAUUAUGUCUUUUUGAGCUACAGCUGGUCGACUCAGAGCUUUGUCAUUCGCGUCAAUGCCGAACUGCAGCUUCGCGGAUUCCAGACCUGGAUGGAUCUGGAUCAGAUGCGCGGACAGAUCUACGAUCAGAUGGCAACGGGCAUCGACGGAUCCAAGGGAAUCGUUUCCUUCAUCAACAACAAGUAUGUCGAAUCCGACAACUGCCGCGGUGAGCUGACCUAUGCUCGCAUCAAGAGGAAGCCCAUCAUUGCCACAUGGAUCCAGACCGAUCUUGCACUGCAGAAGAGCUGGAUCGGCCCUGUGGUGGCCACCCGGGUUGGUGAAGUGCACGUGAACGACGCCGACAAGAUUGCCAGCGCCGAGUUUGACCAGUUUAUCAAGCGGCUCGUUGACUACAUCCAAAACAUUCUUGGCCUGCUUCCCAGUCAGCAUGGCGAUGUGUUGGAUCUUGGAAACUGAAUAGUCACUCUGGCCAGUCCCCCCCCCUCACCUGUCGAGGCGGAGCGCGAAGCCGCCACAAUGGUCUAAUAAACUGUGCGAUUCCAAGAAUAUCGCCCCCUCACAA